AUGCGCGGCUGCCUGCGGCUUGCUCGAACGGCCGCGACACGUUCGCGCCAGCCACUGCUCUCCACGCGAGCGCCGGCGCUGCUGGCCUCGCAUGCUUUGCCAGCUGCGGCUGCGGCGCCAUUGCUGCGUCGCCGCUGCUCCAGUGCCGCUGCUCCAGACGGACCUCCGCAGCCUGCGCCGACGCGGCAAAAUCUAUUUGAGGUUGCGCGCGAGCUGCCAAAGUACGGCGUCGGCUCCAAGGUGUUUCGUUCGGGGUGGACGAGGAACGGCUACGACCCAAACGAGCACCACUGGCAGAUCACGCGCGUCGAGCUGUGGACCAAGGGCGACGAGGAGCAGUUCCAGCGUGGCAAGGCGUGGGGCGUGCUGACGUGGAAGGGUGUGACUGAGGCAGGCGAGCGGCGCGUCCGCACUCCUCUCAAGAAGGAGUGGGUGCACCUGCGCGACGCGCAAGCAGGGAGGGCAAAUUCAGCGGCGUGA